CGAAGAGUCCUAAUCCCAAAUUCGUAGUUGAGAAAUCCCUAAGAUCUGAAAAGGUUUAUUUCUUUUUCAUCAGAAUCCAAAUUCCAAUUCCGAAAGCAGCCACCAACAAGAACCCAACCGGUGUCGCUGCUCUCUCUCUGUUACUUCCCUAUCCUCGUGUGUGGUUCGUACUAUGAAGAGGACUAUGCCAUGGAGUGACGACGAUGAGUCAUCGUCUUCACAUUCAGAUUCUGAACGUGAUAGUGAAACUGGAGGGGAAAACUCCAAAGCAUGGUGUUAGUUCGUGAAAAUGAUCCAUAUUACCGAAGCUUCAUUCUCUGUUGCCUUUAAAGUUUGACAUCUUGACAUUUGUCUCCCUAAUUUUAUUGCUGUUUGAGUUUUCUUUACUAGUUUAUGAAUUUUAUGCCUAAAGGUAAAUCUAGGAAGCAGAAAACUGAGAAAAGUGGUGUAAUUGACUUUGAGGCUUUGAAGCGACACGGGUAUAGAGGUGGACCUUCUGUCCUAAAAGUACCCGCACCAAAAGAAGAUGACUCAAAGCAAGAUUGGUCGUGGUCCACUGGAAAAGAAAAGCGUGUAGACAAGGAAAUUGAAGAAUCAUAUGAAGAACGAAAGAAAACAAGAGAGGCUAUUUCCCUAGGAGAGGAGCUGCCAGCUGCUCUGACUAGGAAUGACAAGAAGAAUAUUUCUUUCUCACAGAAGGAAAAGAGGAAGAGAGAGCUGGGUCAAGCUAGCAGGGGCAAAAAUUAUGUUGAAGAAGAGAAGAGGUUGUUGAGAGAGAAUGGAAUCUAUUCUGGUUUUGAUGCUUGAUGCCAGCCUAGAUAGAAUAUCCUUCAUCUUGUCCAAAGGCACUUUCUCAUGUUCUUGUACUGUAAAGAAGACUUGGUUGUAACUUGUAAUUGUGGUUUAAAACUUGACAUGAAUUGGGUGGGGAUAAUCUACAAUUGUCUCAACUCAACUUAAUGACUGAGCUUAAUUAAGCCCCCCCUUUUUUGUUGUAGCAAAAAAAAAACGAUUUUGGAGAAAUUGUUUCUAAUGUUCAAUUUAUUUCGUUGAGAUAA